GCUCCAGAUGAGGUGAUGGCAGCGUCCAGCUUCGGCAAGAUCCAGAUCGGGAUUUACGUGGAGAUCAAGCGGAGCGAUGGCCGAAUACAUCAAGCAAUGGUAACAUCUUUAAAUGAAGAUAAUGAAAGUGUAACAGUGGAGUGGAUAGAAAAUGGAGAUACAAAAGGCAAAGAGAUUGACCUCGAGAGCAUCUUUUCACUUAAUCCUGACCUUGUCCCUGAUGAAGAAAUUGAACCCAGUCCAGAAACACCUCCACCUCCAGCAUCUUCAGCCAAAGUAAACAAAAUUGUAAAGAAUCGGCGCACUGUGGCUUCUAUUAAGAAUGACCCUCCUCCAAGAGAUAAUAGAGUGGUUGGUUCUGCACGUGCACGGCCUAGUCAGCUUCCUGAGCAGUCUUCCUCUGCACAACAGAAUGCACGUAGAAAAUCUAAUUGUGUGAAAGAAGUAGAGAAACUACAAGAAAAACGAGAGAAAAGGAGGCUACAGCAACAGGAGCUUAGGGAAAAAAGAGCCCAGGACGUUGAUGCUACAAACCCAAAUUAUGAAAUUAUGUGUAUGAUCAGAGACUUUAGAGGAAGUUUGGAUUAUAGACCAUUAACGACGGCAGAUCCUAUUGAUGAACACAGAAUAUGUGUUUGUGUACGGAAACGACCACUCAAUAAAAAAGAAACUCAGAUGAAAGAUCUUGAUGUAAUCACAAUCCCUAGUAAAGAUGUUGUGAUGGUGCAUGAACCAAAACAAAAAGUAGAUUUAACAAGAUACCUAGAAAACCAAACCUUUCGUUUUGAUUAUGCCUUUGAUGACUCCGCUCCUAAUGAAAUGGUUUACAGGUUUACAGCUAGACCACUAGUGGAAACUAUAUUUGAAAGAGGAAUGGCUACAUGCUUUGCUUAUGGGCAAACUGGAAGUGGGAAAACACAUACUAUGGGUGGUGACUUUUCAGGAAAGAACCAAGACUGUUCUAAAGGGAUAUAUGCAUUAGCAGCUCGAGAUGUCUUUUUAAUGCUUAAGAAGUAA